ACGGGGGUUUUGGGGGAUGCUGGGGUUAGGGGACUGGGCGAGGAUGGAGACAGGAGACAGCUGGUGAGCUUCAAACACAGUAUGUUCAUAGGCGAUUGUCUCGAUGGCGGCGCCUCGCCCUGGCUGCACGGUCUGAAUCAGGAUGGUUCGAGGCCUCGAAUGUGGUUGGGACAGAAGAAGAAGAGCGAGGAGGUAUUGUGGGACGAAAACAGCUCCAACUACUGGCCGCCGGUCCAGUCACUUCCAAAUGCUGCGACUAGGUUAGAUGUCGAUGAGAUACCGGUCCGCUGCCACUGCAAAGGUGUCGACCUCGUCCUCCGAGUCGGUCUUGCAAGACGGGAAUUCGAAGAAAAGGCUUCCCGCGGGGAGGCCCUACCCUGGAUGGUCGACCCCGUCACGCACAAGCUCAUCGCGGACUUCGAUGCGUGCGAUUCGUGUCGCAUUUCAUCAGGGGUGGAGAUAUUUCACUGGAUGUUGGCGCUGCUGCGAUACGUUGGCUUUCCUGCAGGCUCAGACGGUCUGCUGGAGGGGUUCCCGGCCACAACGGGGGAGUUGAGGGAUGCUGUCGCUGGGGGGGAGGAAGCAGGGAAACGGGAUCCGCGACUGGGAACACUGGCAUACUACGCGAGUUCGAUCGAUGUGCAGAGGUACUUCUGCAGUCGUUGCUCGGCGUGCGUCUUUUACGUGGUGGAUGAUCGGCCAGAGUUGGUGGAUGUAGCAGUGGGACUGCUGGAUUCGCCUGAUGGGGCUCGAGCCGAGGGGGUUUUGGCUUGGAACUUUGGGGGGCGGGUUAAUUGGAGGCAAGAUAUGUUUGGUGGUUGGCGGGAACACUUGGUCAAGAGUGUCGAGAUAGAGGCAGAGAAAUGGAGGGUAGAAAGGGGGUAUCCGAAGAUCUGGAAGCAGGUUGAGAGGGAGGAGGCGUAGAUAAGCGGGGAGUGAUUAUAGGAACCGUCGAGUAACAACAGGAAAGGUUCCUAGCACGCUGCAGGAAUAAACUUAGCGGCAUCUU